UGAACGGGUGACAUCUAAACAGAACCAUGAAUCGUUGGUUAACAGUGGUCUUCCUGGGGGCUUCCAUCGGAGGAACAUUUUCGUUGUAUACAGCCAUUUCGGUUGGCUCCUUGGGCCUCGCAAACAUGGCCGUCAACCUGCAGUCGCUGUCGGUCGUGAUGAAGAACUAUUACACCGCGUUCGACGCUAACCGUGCCUUGGUGAACGCAUCUCUUAACGAUUUGGGAUACUUUGUCAAUGUGACUGUUUCUACGUUGAAUAAAACAUACGGAGCUUCGCAACCAAGCUUCGCGUCGAUGGUGUCAACUGCAUCAUACUUCAAUCAAUCUCUUGGUUAUGGAGAAUCAUACGUCAACUCUCUAAUCACAUCAGAUCUGAGCACCUUGACCUGGAACCUUCAGGCAGCAAUCGAUAACAUCUUCCAGAGUUUUCAGAUGGCGCUUUACUCGAUGAGCUCAUACGAUCAAUCGUACGUUCAAGAUAAUUGUGUUGCCAAAAACCUGACUCAAAUGUCUCAAAUACCCAACUCGUUGAGCAAGCUUGGUCCGUGUCUACAACAAGAAGUUAACACUGCAAACGUUAUCACCCCAACCAUCAUUUCAACUAUCCAACUAUUCAAGAAGGAUCUGACGGCCUACAUCAACCUACUGCAAAUCUGCCAACCAACAUCUAGCUCAUGCUUCGAUCAGUUCUUCACGAUGGCCUCAAUGGAUUUCAGCCAGCUUUGGAAUGCGCUUUACAUGGUGCAACAAUAUGUAAGCAGUGCCCAACAAGAUGCUUACGCAAGGAACAAAAUCUGUUCGGAAAUGGUGAAAAGUGAUAUUCAGGAUGCAAUUUCCAACUUGCAGUCUGCGGUGUCCAGCUGUGCAAAUCCUGCUCCCGUCACUGUUGGUCGAGCUUGAAGAACUGCAGUUUCGUUCCGAGCAUGUUUUUUUGUGCAAUGCAUAAACCAGAUGAUCGUACUUU